CUUUCAAUCUAAAUACUGUCUUCCUGCACGAAAUUGCAGGGAGUUUGUUAUCUGUGCAUAAAUAGCCUCUUGAAAUAGUCAAGAGACUUGAAAUUUGUUUUGCAGAUAGCUCGCGUGCUUUUGAUCGAAGAUUCGGUGAACCGGGGCACGUCAGCCCCGCAGAAACAGCACAUACACAGUCAUCUUAUCUGGCAUUUAAUUGGUUGCCCUCCAAGUGUUACUGAGUUAAGUAGUACGUAACACAGUAUAAAAGAGGCAGACCUUUCAUUGAACUUGUUCUCGUCAGUUUAAUACUUGGAUCUUAGAAUACCGAAACGUCAAAACCAGGAGCAAUUGAAAUGUCAUCUUCACUGGAACUUGCGAGGGACACGCAAGACGGUGAUAGCAAAAUGGCGACGUCUUUCGGAAGCUCAAACAACGCCUGCAGCCGUUGCUGUAGAUCGUUUGGGGGAGUUAUCAAGAGAAAUCUGCUCGUGGUGCUCCUUGCCAUCGGAGCUGCUGUUGGUUUUCUUAUUGGCGCGUUGAUUAACGGAACCGUUCAAGGAAUCCAAAACCCCGAGAAGAAGGCCACUACCACCAUGCUUAUCGGUUUUCCCGGCGAGUUACUCAUGAACAUGCUUCAAGUGAUCAUCCUUCCACUUAUUGUGGCAAGUCUGAUCACUGCCGUGUCGCACCUGGAUGCGAGAGCGACCGGAAAGAUCGGCCGACGUGCCUUGUUGUUUUACAUGACAACAACCUUGUUAGCCGCCAUUUUGGGCAUGGUUUUAGUUUCUUCCAUUAAACCCGGGAAGACCGAUAACCCAACUGGUUCUAAGGCAGAUCCAAAUCCGUACACUACNAUCAUCAGCCAUUGA